UCGGGACGUGCGCCGGGUCGGGGACUCGCCUUCUUGCCCGCCCUUGCGCGCGCCCUGUGCCCGCCUGCGCACCGGCGGGACCAUGAAGAAGUUCUCUCGGAUGCCCAAGUCCGAGGGCUGCGGCAGUGGUGGAGCGGCGGGUGGCGGGGCCAGCGGGGCUGGGGCCAGCUCCGGCUCCGGCGGCUCGUCUGUUGGGGUCCGGGUGUUCGCGGUCGGGCGCUACCAGGUCACCCUGGAGGAGUCACUGGCCGAAGGUGGAUUCUCCACGGUUUUCCUAGUGCGGACUCAUGGUGGCAUCCGAUGUGCGUUGAAACGAAUGUAUGUCAAUAACAUGUCAGACCUCAACAUUUGUAAAAGAGAAAUUACAAUUAUGAAAGAGCUGUCUGGUCACAAAAAUAUCGUGGGUUAUUUGGACUGUGCUGUUAAUUCAAUUAGUGAUAAUGUAUGGGAAGUGCUUAUCUUAAUGGAAUAUUGUCGAGCUGGUCAGGUAGUGAAUCAGAUGAACAAGAAGCUGCAGACAGGUUUUACGGAACCAGAAGUGUUGCAGAUAUUCUGUGAUACCUGUGAAGCUGUUGCAAGACUGCAUCAGUGUAAGACUCCAAUAAUUCACCGGGAUCUGAAGGUAGAAAAUAUUUUGUUGAAUGAUGGUGGAAACUAUGUACUAUGUGACUUUGGCAGUGCCACUAACAAAUUUCUUAAUCCUCAAAAAGAUGGAGUGAAUGUAGUAGAAGAAGAAAUUAAAAAGUAUACGACUCUGUCAUACAGAGCCCCUGAAAUGAUCAACCUUUAUGGAGGGAAACCUAUCACCACCAAGGCUGAUAUCUGGGCACUGGGAUGUUUACUGUAUAAACUUUGUUUCUUCACUCUUCCUUUUGGUGAGAGUCAGGUUGCUAUCUGUGAUGGCACCUUCACCAUCCCAGACAAUUCUCGUUACUCUCAUAACAUGCAUUGCUUAAUAAGGUUCAUGCUUGAACCAGAUCCAGAGCGUAGACCUGAUAUAUUUCAAGUGUCCUAUUUUGCAUUUAAAUUUGCCAAAAAGGAUUGUCCAGUCUCCAACAUCAAUAAUUCAUCGAUUCCUACAGCUCUUCCUGAACCGAUGACUGCUAGUGAAGCAGCUGCUAGGAAAAGCCAAAUAAAAGCCAGGAUAACAGAUACCAUUGGACCAACAGAAACCUCAAUUGCACCAAGACAAAGACCAAAGGCCAACUCUACUACUACCACUCCCAGUGUACUGACCAUUCAAAGCUCAGCAACACCUGUUAAAGUUCCUGCUCCGGGUGAAUUUGGUAACCACAGACCAAAAGGAGCACUGAGACCUGGAAAUGGCCCAGAAAUUUUAUUGGGUCAGGGGCCCCCUCAGCAGCCUCCACAGCAGCAUAGAGUACUUCAGCAACUACAACAGGGAGAUUGGAGAUUGCAGCAACUUCAUUUACAGCCUCCUCAUUCCCACCAGCAGCAACAGCAGCAUCAACUACUUCAGGAUGCCUAUAUGCAGCAGCUUGCAGCGCAGCAGCAGCAGAUACUUCAUCAACAACAGUUUUUAAUGCAGUCGAUGUAUCAGCAGCAACCUUCUGCAUCACAGUACCCUGCAAUGAUGCACCAGUAUCAGCAGGCUUUCCUGCAGCAGCAGAUGCUGGGUCAACAUCAGCAGUCACAACAACAAGCAUCCCCAGAGUAUCUUACCUCCCCUCAAGAGUUCUCACCAGCCUUGGUAUCCUACACUUCAUCACUUCCAGCUCAGGUUGGAACUAUUAUGGAGUCCUCUUAUAGUGCCAAUAGGUCAGUUGCUGAUAAAGAGGCAGUUACAAAUUUUACAAAUCAGAAGAACAUCAGUAACCCACCUGAUAUGUCAGGGUGGAAUCCUUUUGGAGAGGAUAAUUUCUCCAAGUUAACAGAAGAGGAACUCUUGGACAGAGAAUUUGACCUUCUAAGAUCAAACAGGUUCGAGGAGAGAGCAUCCUCAGAUAAGAGUGUAGACCCACUUUCUGCUCCACAUAACCAUCCUCCAGAAGAUCCUUUUGGUUCUGUUCCUUUCAUUUCUCACUCAGGUUCUCCUGAAAAGAAAGUGGAAAAUUCAUCCAGGCAUCAAGAAAACAGCACUGCAGACUCUAUCAAGAAUGGAAAAUUAAGUCCAGUAUCUAAAGAUAACUGGACAGAAAAGAAAACUUCAGAGAAUUCAUCAGUACGAGGUCAAGUACAAAAGGGGACUGAUGAAUCUGAAAGUGAUUUCGAAUCAGAUUCCCCUUCUCCUAAGAGCAGUGAAGAAGAAGAGCAAGAGGAUGACGAAGUUCUUCAGGGAGAACAAGGAGAUUUUAAUGAUGAUGAUACUGAACCUGAAAAUCUGGGUCAUAGGCCUCUUCUCAUGGAUUCUGAAGAUGAGGAAGAAGAAGAAAAACAUAGUUCUGAUUCUGAUUAUGAGCAGGCCAAAGCAAAGUACAGUGACAUGAGCCCUGUCUACAGAGACAAAUCUGGCAGUGGACAAAUCCAAGAUCCCAAUAUAACACUCCUCACCCCAACCCAAAUACCUUCUGAUGCUGGGGUGGAGACUCCCAAACAGGAGUUUGAUGUGUUUGGCGCUGUCCCCUUCUUUGCCAUGCGUGCUCAACAGCCCCAGCAAGGAGAGAAUGAAAAGAACCUCUCUCAACAGACCCAUUUUCCUCCUGUGGGACUAGAGCAAGAAGAAUUUGAUGUAUUCACAAAGGCACCCUUCAGCAAGAAGGUGAAUGUACAAGACUGCCUAAAGGUGGGGCCUAAAGCACAUACUCUCCCUGGUUGUCCCAUAAGUGUAGAUGUGUUUGGCUCCACUCCAUUUCAGCCCUUUCCCACACCAGUAAGUAAAAGUGAAAGCAAUGAGGACAUUUUUGGGCUUGUGCCUUUUGAGGAAAUAACUGGAAGUCAGCAGCAAAAAGUCAAACAACGCAGCUUACAGAAACUGUCCUCUCGCCAAAGGCGCACAAAGCAGGACAUGUCAAAAAGCAAUGGGAAGCGGCAUCACGGCACACCAACCAGCACAAAGAAGACUUUGAAGCCUACCUUCCGCACCCCAGAGAGAGCUCGCCGGCACAAAAAAGUGGGCCGCCGAGACUCUCAAAGCAGCAAUGAAUUUUUAACAAUCUCAGACUCCAAGGAGAACAUUAGUGUUGCACUGACGGACGGGAAAGACAGAGGGAAUAUCCUGCAACCUGAGGAGAGCCUGUUGGACCCCUUUGGUGCCAAGCCCUUCCAUCCUCCAGACGUGACACGACACCCUUCACAUACGGGUCUGAGCGACAUCCGUGCCGACCACAAUACCGUACUGCCUGGGCGGCCAAGGCAGAAUUCACUACAUGGGUCAUUCCAUAGUGCAGAUGCUUUGAAAAUAGAUGAUUUUGGUGCCGUGCCCUUUACAGAACUUGUGGUGCAAAGCAUCACUUCACAUCAGUCCCAACAGUCCCAAUCAGUCGAAUUAGACCCAUUUGGUGCUGCUCCAUUUCCUUCUAAACAGUAGAUACUUCUGAUGGAUUCUUGGCAUUAACUCCUGUUUCAAAAAAGUGUGAAUAGUUCAUUUUAUGAAUCUGAAAGAAAAUUAUUUGUAUAGCUCUUUAUAGCUUUCAUUCUUAUAGGUCAAUCAGAAUAGGUAAGUGAUUUAAAAAAAAAAAAAAAAAACCAAAUAGAAAAAGGAAGUAUUUCCACAGGGUAGUAACUUGAUGCCUCUUAAAAGGACUUCUUCCAAGCGGGAGAAAAGGGAGCUACAUUGCAAGCUCUAAUAAAGGGUUUCAGCUACUGACAUGCCAGCACAGAAACACACGUGUGAUGCUUCAGUGAAAGCACGUGGAACCUUUUCAGUUACACGUAGCCACUUCAGAAAGGAUUGCAAAGCCCUACUGCUAUUUUUGAUAACAGAAUGUCAUUUUUGUGUGCAUAUCCCAGGCUCAUUCCAGAAUCCAGCAUUUAAAACUAAGGUUAUUUUGUACAUACACAGGUUGAGUUUGUGAAUUUUUUAGAAGUCUCUUCUAAUUUCCACCGAGUAAAAAACAAUCUAGUUCUCAUCUGGGGAGUUCAGAGAUUUUAGUCCUUACACCUUUCUCUACCAAGCAGAGCCAGAAGUAAUUGACUGUUGUGCCUAAAACUCUGUUUCAUUAACAUAAUAAUAAUAAAAGUGCCAUUAAUAUGGAAUAUCUACGUAGAAGCCUUGAACAAAAACUAAAGAUAAAUUCUGAUGUUUGAUAAAAAAAGGGAAGAGAAAAAACUUCAUCUUGUGUUUGUGAAUGGCUUGCUUGCCCCAAACUUUCAUUAUCAUGGCCCUAAGAAAGCAGAUUAUUUUAAAAAGCUGGGAGUGAGGACAAGGGUUAUAUAGAAAUUUUAUUUCAGGAAAAAAUGUAGCUGAAAUCCUGAGUUUUUAAGAAGUUUACAAUGUAAAAUCAUGUUGCAUUUAAUAAUGUACUUUAUUAAAUCACCACCUUCACCAAAUAUUCCCGAAGUUGUGAACGACAAUUAUUUUAGUUAGGUGUAGAGGGUGGAGUACUUUUAAUAAAAUGCACUGAACAGUGAAACCCACAAAGCCUUAUAGGCAGGACUCGUGCAUCCUGCUGCAAGUACCUCUCUGCACUAAUGCACAAGAUCUCAAAAUGGACAUAAAGUAGUAGAUGGGGAGGGACUAGCAUCUUAGCUCUGCUAGUUGAUUGUGUCUUUAGUGAAAAGAACCCAGCUACCAAAUUGCCUUUCUUUACACCACAAAUCCUAAUUCGAUACUUGAGAUUUUCUAGAAAUUAUGUAUGUGAAUGAACAUUAAUACAAUCAUCUGUGCUUCCUAUGUCUCCAACUAUUUUAAGUUAUAAUUAACUAUCUUUCCCUAUCAAAUUAACAUUUAGAAGCUUCUGUUAAGCUUAUUUACAUAUAGGGACAGAGACUCUUAUGAACCAACAUUCUCUUUGAUUGCUAUAUUUUAAUUCUCUUUGAACCCAAUUAGUGUAUUUUAUGAGUACUCGUAUUAGAGUCCCUUAAUUAUAGUGCUCCUGAUAAGCUGUUUGCCUGUUUUCACAGUUCUGAAGUUGGAGAGAAGCAAAUAUAUGUAACAACUGUAUAUUCAUCUUUUACCUAAAUCAGAUACAAAUUUUUGGACAGAUAGGAAAGUAAUAGGUGAAUCACAGUGUAGCAAAGGCAGAGCAAGCGUUAACGUUACUACUUAGAAUUGUACUUUUAGAGUUGGACUACAGGAGACUGUUCUACUUGGAUAGAUCUUUUUCAAUUACUUGUCCUUGUGCCAAAGGCAAAUAUUACGUUUGCACCUUUUUUCCUGACUCUCAGGUUAAUUAAUACUGUUAACACAAAUGCUCAAGUAGAUGUUCUUUAAAACUUUACAAAGUAGAUUUAAGAUACUUUCUUUAAAAAGUAAAGAGUUGAUGAUUCCAUGAACUACAGUAGGUUUGUAUCAAACAGUACUUUUUUAAAAUGAAAAUCUGUUGUUGACAUGUAAACAUUAUGCUUCUUUGAUUAUUUUAGUCCUUGGCCUUGGUCUCUGGAAAGGGUGGGGGAUGAACUGGUGUGGACUUCUUGGCACAUCACCAGGAAAUACCUAGAGUCUAUCUGAUGUUAACACCUUGCUUACACUAGCUUUUCCAUACAUUGAAUCAUUUUAAAUUGAUGUGGACACUUUGGCUUAUAAUGUGGUAUAAAUUAUGAGAAAGCAGUCUGACUUAGCUUAAAAUAUUUACAUUCUUAUGUUUAGUGUAGUACAGCCCAGUAACUUUCCUCUUUUGAGAUUGUAGUUCAGGAAAAAGAUUUAGGAUUCAGAAUAAAUUUGGGGAGAUUCCUUUGUUUUGCAGUAGAGGCAUUUUCCCAAGGAGUAUAGAUUUUUAGGGUUGCUUUUCAUUUUCAAUCAUCUCUCCCCUCUGCCGUAGUGGAAGUGUAGGUUAACUCCGCACAGCAGAUGCCCAAAGCAUGUAAAGGUACUUAACAGAGCACCUGCCACCCAGUUAGCACUAUUCUGUCAGCUCUAUUAUGGGAUGGUCCAACACUGGAUUAAGGAAGGAAAGUUGAAAAAAAAAAUUAUGUUCAUAUUAUUAUUUGGAUGUCCCUCUGUGCUGCUUCAGGAUAUAAAGUCAUCUUAAUGCUAAACCUAUUAUACUUGAACAUUACUAAGGGAGGCAAAGUAUUAUGAAGCUAGCAAAAAUCUGUGGCCAAAGUUCUUUCUUUCCUAACAGCUUUAAUAAUAUUGCUUAUUGAUUUUGAAUCAUCUUUUUAAAAGUGGACCAUUUGUGUAAUAAUUUUAAUAUCAUUUGAAUAAAAUGUUAUAUUAAAAAGAUCAGCUUUUAUGGCAUUAAAGAAUGUGUUUGGUAAGACACAAAAGUUGCUUGGUAUAUAUAUAUUAGGUGAGGAGGAAAGGUUGUAGGCUGGAUGACAAUCCUCCCCCCCACCAAUGUCCCUGUGUGUAUUUGGGCAUAAUUAUGACAUUAUCUGGACUUGGAGAUAGAUGCACCUUUAGAUCUUACCUGGUUUAUUGUUUAACAGUGAUAGAUGGUUGUUUUCAUCUUGCUGGUGGAAAGUGCUAAGGUGGAGCCCACUGUUUUACUCUGAUGUUCAUAGACAGCUAUUUUCUUACUAUUCAGCUAUUGUGCUUGAUUUAUUUUAGGUUUUGGUACUUCACAUAAGCACCGUUAGAAGGUACAAGUGUAUAUCACUAGUUCUGGGGAGUUUGGGUACAUUUGUUGUAUGUAGACUCUGCAGUGAACUUCUUCAUGUUUUUCUUUUUAGCAAAAAUACUCAUCAUUUUAAAUCCAAUUAUUGAUAUGACAGAUCUACUGUGAGAACGAGAUGACGUAUCUACUGUGAGAAUAACAUAAAUGAUAGUUUAUUUGAAAACUUUUAUACUCAGUGGUAUUUUAUGUAUUAAGAUUAAUAUAAAUAUAUAUAUAUAUAUAUAUAUAUAUAUACACAUGCAUGCACAUGUCACAUAUCUCUACUGUGGAGUUAAUGUGAAUUUUUUUUAAUGCAAUUGCAACCACAAUCAUAUCUUAAAGAACAUUCACUCCUAAUAAGGGUUUACAAAAGCCACUAAAAGAAUAAGGUAGACAGAUGAAAAAAGCAAAGGUCAUCAGUUGGGAUUAUUUUUAUUUUUAAAUUUAUAGUGUUACUUUGGAAAGAAUUGCUUUUAUUACUAUGCUCUUUUUGUGACUGAAAAGUCAUUUAAUAGUAAACAGUAUAGAAGCUACUUUUUAAUUGCUGGCAAACAGCUUUAAGUGCACUUUCUUUGAUUACACUUCCAUUUUUUGUUAAACUUGAAUUUUCUGAAACCUUUUAUGUACACUAAGCAAAUAACUAACUUUUAAAUAAACCUGAUUUACAUCUUUUAUUAUAUUUCUAAUUGUUACAAAACAUACAUGCUAAAGUGACUUCAGUUUUCAAAUGUAGCUGGGAAAAUUUUAUGAGAUAGAACCAGUUGCUUUGUUUUUCUGUUUAAUUAAGCACUAACUGAUUUUUCUACUUUAUUGCCUUUACAUUGCUUAUUCUUAUUGACUGUAUUCUUUCCCUCAUUCAUUUUGUUUUGUUUGAGAUUUAUUUUCUUACUAUAUUUAUCAUACCUACUGUUUUAAUAAUCUGCUUUCUUUAAAUGCAAUAAAUCCCGAACAGAUUGCAUAUUCUUUA